AUGUUCCGAUGUAUGGAGUGCAACCAAAUGUGCCCUGUUCCUCGCAGUGUCACCUGUGGUGUCUUUCAUUUGUCAGGCCCGAAGCAAAUCAGUAAGGAACAUCACAGCAAGGUUUGCGGUCUUUUGCAGACAUUCAAGCCGAGGUUUGCUUUGCUGGAGCACGGUCUGGAAGAUGAUGAAGAUUUUCACACCGAAUAUUUGGCCGCUGGAUAUGUAGUGGCUCCAAUCCCAUUGUCAACUUGCCCCAACAUGCUCUACGGCAAUUCUGUCUCCUGGAAGCUGCUCUUGCCUGCAGAGUCAGAGAAAACGCAGAAGGAUGUCCAGGAUGUGAACCACUUGGUGACCCCGUUCCUCAAAACCAUCGAGCCAGGAAUCUCCUUCGGUGGUAUUGCAUGCUGCGAUCAGCACGAAUAUGAGGCAAACCUGUCAGUGUCAAAGAUCUACGACUGCACCGUCACGGGCGACAUGUUCAAACCAUUCUUCUUUACGCAUCGCUUCCCACCCUCUGAAGGGCAGGUGCUCAGGAUGGCAAAGCACUUUGAGACUUCGUCAGAGUCAGAGUCAGAAAUUCUUUGGCCGAGCCCGAUUUCUUUGUGGGCCAGGGACAAGCGCACAAUGCCCAAGCCAGGCGAGGGCACCCCCUUGGCCAACGAUGUGGUGUGGUUAGGGUUCCUGAAGUACUUUGCAGAUCAGAUUGAGAAGAAGGCAGCUGAGGAGAUCAAAAAAUGCCGACAGGCGUUGCGCAGGGUGAGGGUCACUUUCCAUUUUUGUGAAAGCGAGGACGCCGCAAACCAGCUCAAGUGGACAAUCGAGCAGAACGUGGACAACAUUGCGUCCAACCAGACGCUCAAAG